AGACAUUUCCAAAACCUAAAAUAAAAACUGGGUUAUAUUAUCACUUAUAUAUUCAAUUUUAUUCAAUAAACUUAGAGGAAAGACCAAAACUAGACAUUAAUUAUAAAAAGUAUGCAGCCACACAGCUACAAUAGGUUAGAAUGUGAGGAGAAAAUAAAUAGAUAGUUUAUAUUUGUUUUGCUUCAAAUCACUGUAGGUAAUUUGUUUAAGUAUAAAAUAUCUACUUUAUAUUUGGUAACUGAAAAUUGAAGUACUUAUAUUAGAAAAUUUAUAAUUGGAAGUUCUACAUUUGAAUUGAAUACAUUAUCAUAUAUGCAUUUGGAAUAUAAGAGGGUCUCCUCCAACUGGAAGGAUAUUACAAAUCCAAGAUGGACAGGAAGAUGAUGUAUGCUUUCAGAGGUUGGAUUGCAUUUGUAGCAUUCAUGGAUCUCGGAACGGCAGUGAAAAGUUACAUAGAAAAAAAAUCGUUUCUUAGCAAGUCAAUAUCAAAUGUUGAGAACUAUGUAGAUGAUGAGUUCACUAUAUCUAGAAUACUAGGGUUGUAUUCUAUCUUGAAGGCACUAGUUUUAAUACACUGUACCUUGUUCAUACACUACAAACCGGUAGUCAGUAUGGGAAUAUGCUCCUUAAUUAUAACAAUAAUACUAUACUGCACCGAAACCAUUUACUUUCGGGCAGCCACUCUAAAUUUUUAUGUAGUAUUCCCAUGCAUUCUCAAUGUUGUAACACUAGCAGGAUUACUGUAUUUGCCAAAUCAUUUGCAAAUAUGGGACUAUCAAACUGAAGAGGAUGAUCAUAAAUUUAAAUUUGGAUUGAUGAAGAAGAAACGAAAUUCUAAGAGAGAAAAUUAGUUGUAAUGGAUUCAUAUGCAAGUUUGAACUAAUGAAGAUAUUUGAAUCAAAACCAUCUGUAACUUGAAUUAACCUAUUUUUCAAGUACCUAGGCUGCAAACACUGAAAAAUUGUCUAAAAAGCUUAUUACAAAAAAUCAUUUAUCUGCUUUCAUACCAAUUUUGUCUCAUAUUAACAGGUUAAUGUAAGUCAUUAAAAAUUGAAUGAUGAAAAAUGGUUUGUAAAAAUUAUCUGAAUUUGGUUUUAUGUUCACUGUGAUACUAAUUACAAAACCAUUUUUAAACAAUAUUUGCUGAAUAAAUAUUUUGAUGAUCGUUA